GGGGCGGGGCCGGGGCGAAGGUAACAGGUUGCGGUGGGCAGCGGCGGCGGCGGCCGGACCGCGGUGCUGAGCCCCGGGGAUGGAGUGGCCGGCGAGCGCGGCGAUGGCGGAGAAGCAGAACCCCGUGGACUACGGCGUCCAGAUCCGCUUCAUCAACGACCUGCAGGAGCCCCGGAGGCCCCCGAAGGCGCGGGGCAAGCCCGGCUCCUACGGCGUGGCCGUGCGGGUGCAGGGCAUCGCCGGGCAGCCCUUCGUCGUCCUCAACAGCGGCGAGAAGGGCGGCGACUCCUUCGGGGUGCAGAUCAAGGGCGAGGGCUCCUACCCCAGCCCCCCCGCCGGCCCCCGACCCUCCGGCUCCGUCAGCUCCGACUCGGAGCUGCCGGAAAACCCCUACGGCGGGCGGCAGCCGCAGCUCGGCUCGUCCCACAGCACCUCGGAUGAGGAGGCGAGCGGCGGCUCCGUGACCUCCCGACGGGAGCCCAAACCUCCGCCGGGCAAGCGGCUGCUCGGGGAGGAGCUGCGGAGGACACAGUCCCACGGGGACCUGCUGAGCGCCGCCGCGGAUGAGCCCUUUGCCGUCGGCGCUCCCCGGACUGGUGACAACUGGCAGCACCGGGCUCUGCCCGGCGGCAAAAGCAGCAGCAUGUUGAACAUCGUGCCGGAGCGGAGCAGAGCCUCUGGCUCAAGGGUCGUGAGCAAGGACCCCUCCUCGGACACAGAGGCCGCGGUGGCCGCUGGCGGCAGCGACGUGGACACCAAACCGCUCUCCUCGGUGGAUUCGCUCAUCAGCAAGUUCGACGGGAAGGUGCAGCAGCGCGGGCGGGCGGCCAGGAGGGGCCGGAUCCCCUCGGAGGAGAGGAAACGCUCGCAGAGCCUGGACAGCCGCGUCUCCCACCGCGACGUGCGGGACGGCCGGGAGCUCAGCAGUGCCCAGCGCCACGCCGGCGCCGCCCGCCCCCAGCCCUCGGUGCCCACCGGCAGCCUGAGCCGCCCGAGCGGAGCGGGAGGGACGGAGGACGGGGCGAUGAGGACUCAGCGGGUGAACCGGGGCGCGGAGGAGCCCGUGGCCGAGCGGCUGCAGAGCAAAGCCCGGGCAGAGCUGCAGCUCAAAUCCACCCCAGACCUGCUGCGGGACCAACGGGAGGUCGCCCACCCUGGCAGCAGCGAGCACCCCAAGGAGCUCAUCUACAGCAUCCUGAAGGAGGGGAGCAGCGAGAGCGAGAUCUCCCUGAAGAGGAAAACCUCUCGGCUGCUCGAGAAGAUGCAGGAGCUGGUGGCACCCACCAAGGAUGUGGCGUGUUCCCAGCCCCAGCACAGAGAGCUGGCCAGGAAGGUGGAGGAGCUGCAGGAAAAGCUCGACGAGGAGACCAAGCUCCGACAGAAGGGAGAGGCGAGGAGCGGCUCCGCUCGGGCGCUGGAAGCCCGUCUGCGGGAGGCCGAAGGGGAGGCCCAACGUCUGCGGGGGGCCCUGGACAAGAAAACCCACGAGCUGCAGAGAAGUUUGCAGGAGCUGAGCGAGGUGAAAGCAGCCAAGGAGCAGACAGAGACCCGUCUGGGUGACUGUGAGGAGCAGCUGGAGGCGACGCACCGAGAGCUCGACCGUCUGCGCCAGCGCUCCGGCACGUCCCCGGAUGGCGAAGCCCUGUACAAGGAGCUACUGGAGACCCGGGAGGAGCUGGAGGAGGCCCUGAGCUCUAAACAGCGUCAGGAGGAGCAGCUGCGGCUGCGGGAGCGGGAGCUGACGGCGCUGAAGGGAGCCCUGAAGGAGGAGGUGGCCAGUCAUGACAAGGAGCUCGACCAUGUCCGGCAGCAGUACCAGAGCGACAUGGAGCAGCUGCGGCGCAGCAUGGAGGACAUCUCACAGGAUCAGGCCAACCUGGAGUCGGAGAAGCAGAAGAUCAACACUGUGGUGAGGAACCUGCAGCGGGAGCUGGAGGAGAGCGCAGAGGAGACAGGGCAUUGGCGGGACAUGUUCCAGAAGAACAAGGAUGAGCUCCGCAGCACCAAGCAGGAGCUGCUGCAGGUGAAACUGGAGCGGGAGGAGUUUGAGGAGGAGCUGCGGGAGCUGCGGGAACGCUUCGCAGCUGCCCGGGAGGAGGCGGAGCAGGCGCGGAGCAGCGCGGUGGACUCCGGAGAGCUGGAGGCGCUCAGGAAGGAGCUGCGGCAGGCGCGGGAGGCACAGCGGGAGCUGGCGGGUGAGAAGCAGAGGCAGGAGGAGCUGCUGCGGCAGCGGGAGCGGGAGCUGGCGGUGCUGAAGGGCACCAUGGAGGAGCAGGCGGCCAGUCGCGACGGGGAGCUGGAGCGGUACCGCCGAGACCUGCAGCAGCUCCAGGAGGAGCGGGACGAGGCCGCCAAGGUGAGGGUCUGCAGCCAUGAGCCAAGGAGCGAUUCUGCCCUCACGUCUUCCCAGGAGUGCCAGGUUCCACAGCUGCAACCCACAGCCUCAAAUCCACCCACUGUGGGCUCAUCCAAAUGGCUGAGAGCCCAAAUUGCCCCCCAAGACCUGGCCCCAGGCCCACCCUGUGCCGUGGCUGCGUUACAGGCAAAGGCGUCCCUGGAGAGCACACGGGAGGCGUCGGAGCAGGCGAAGAAGAUGGUGGAGUCCAGCCUGAGGGAGCUGCAGGAGCAGAACGACGACCUGAGGAGGAAGGUCCUCGGGAUGGAGACACAUCUGAAGGAGUACGAGCGCCUUGGAGAGAACUGGGAGGGUUCCCAGGCACGGCUCAAGGAGAAAGUCACCAAAUUGGAGGCAGAGCGCAGGCAGCUGGAGGAGUCGCUGGGCGAAGCCACGGAGCGGGAGCAGGAGCUGCUGAUGGCCAAGAGGUCGCUGGAGACCCAUCUGGAGGAGGCCCAGCGGGGCCUGGCCCGGCUGACGCAGGAGCACCGGGAUCUGAGCGUGUCCUUCCAGGAGGAGCAGCGGCAGAAGGAGCAGCUCAAGCGCGCCAAGAGCGAGCUGGAGGAGCAGAAGCGUCUGCUCGACCGCACCACCGAGAAGCUGAACAAAGAGCUGGAGCAGAUGACGGAGCAGUCACACAGCUCCUUGGCCGAGCUGCAGUCACAGCUGGAGGAGUUCAAGGAGAAGUCACGGAGGGAGAUCACAGACUCCCAGAAGCAAGCCAAGGAUCGGGGCGCUGAGGUGGAGAAGAUGCAGUUCAGCGUGGGACGGCUGCAGGAUGAGGUCACUCGGCUGAAGCAAGCACUGCAGGACAGUCAGGCAGAGCGGGAGAGCGCGCUGCUGGACAAGGAGGUGCUGCUGCAGCGCCUGCACAACCUCGAGCAGGAGAUGGAGACCAAGAGGCGCUCCCAGGACGAUCGCUCGCGGCACGUCAAAGUCCUGGAGGAGAAGUCCAAGCGCCUGGAGGUGGAACUGGAAGAGGAGAAGACCACAGUGGAGCUGCUGACUGAGAGGGUCAACAGGAGUAGAGACCAGAUCGAUCAGCUGCGGUCAGAGCUGCUGCAGGAACGCUCCAGCCGGCAGGACCUGGAGUGUGACAAAGUCUCUCUGGAGAGACAGAACAAGGAGCUGAAGAGCCGCCUGGCCAGCUCGGCCGGGCUGCAGAAGCCCAGCAGCAACGUCUCGCAGCUGGAGGCGCAGCUGGAGGAGCUGCAGGACAAGCUGCAGGCAGAGGAGAGGGAGAAGAGUGUCCUGCUGUCCUCCAACCGCAAGCUGGAGAGGAAGGUGAAGGAGUUGACCAUCCAGAUUGAUGAUGAGCGGCAGCAGGUCAACGACCAGAAGGAUCAGCUGAGCCUGCGGGUGAAGGCCUUGAAGCGUCAAGUGGAUGAAGCAGAGGAGGAGAUCGAGCGGCUGGAGGGUGCCCGCAAGAAGGCGCAGCGAGAGCUGGAGGAGCAGCACGAGCUCAACGAGCAGCUGCAGAACCGCAUCAAGGCUCUGGAGAAGGAGGCUUGGCGCAAAGCUGCCCGCUCAGCUGCUGAUUCCUCGCUGCAAGAUGACCAGCUCAGCUCAGAUGAGGAUUUCGACAGUGCCUAUGGGCCCUCCUCCAUUGCCUCGCUGCUCAACGAGGCCAACCUCCAGACCAGCUCCUGCUGACGCCUGCGCCACGCCGAGCCCCAUCCCCAGAGCCGGGUGAGGGCCCAGCCCUGGAUGCUGCUGCUCGAUGCAAAAACUCUUCUAAUACCAACGACAUGAAGGAAGGUGCCGCUCAAAAAGCGGUGGGACGGGGAACCCCCAGAUGCUGUCUUGCCUCUUUCUCUUCAUACGGGUCUCAGGGUGCAUUUGCACUGUGGCUUUUUUGCUGGGAGCUGCUCACCAUGGCCAAUAUCCACUGUGGUGACCAGGUCCAGACAGGACGCUGUGGCCCUGGGGUCUGAGCCAUGGCCCUGGCAGCUCAGACUCUGUGGGGACAGGCAAAGUGUGAGGCCGAGGGGAACUGGAGACAGCCACAGCUCCAGCCACCCUCGUUUAUUUUUCUAUGCACCUGCCCCUCACCCCCCCCGCUGCCCUUUUCCCUGUCCAAGCGCUCUUUUAAAUAAAAUGAAGCAUUUUAA